AUGUACCAAGGAAUCAUGACCACCAACCACGGACACCCUUCUUACGAGGCCGGCUUUCUACAUAACAGCUCGACGGCCACGUCGCCGGUUUACGUGCCCACAAGCCGGGUGGUCACGCCGGUUAUCCCCGGCCUGCCUUACCUCCAGACGCCCGGUGCGUCGCAGCCGAGCACGCCGGCCUCCAGCCACUCCGCCUGGGCCCAGUCGGGCGUCGAGGCCUCGUACAAUCACUCCCCGGUGUCGCCGCGGUUUAGCUUCUCCGCGAGUCCGCCUCUCGCCUCCGGGGUCAAGGACCAAGCGGCGGCGGCGGCCUCGUACGGCAGCCCGCUCAGUAUCUCCGCCAACGGGCGAGAGUUAUACGGCGCCCGGGGACUCGGCGGUUCUUACCACAGCCCUUACCCGGCCUACAUGAGCACCAACGUGGGGGGAACGUGGUCCACGUCGCCUUUCGAGAGUCCGGUGCUCCACGGCCUGCAGACAGGUGCUUCAACGGGCGCGACGAGACACCCGAAUAUAGACCUUUUCGACGAUUUCGCCGAGGGCCGGGAAUGCGUCAACUGCGGCGCCAUGUCCACGCCGCUUUGGAGGCGUGAUGGCACGGGUCACUACCUAUGCAACGCUUGCGGGCUCUACCACAAGAUGAACGGCAUCAACAGACCUCUUAUUAAGCCUCAGAGGCGACUGUCGGCCUCUAGGAGAGUCGGGCUAUCGUGCACCAACUGUCACACUACCACAACCACUCUGUGGCGACGGAAUGCAGAAGGAGAGCCAGUCUGCAACGCCUGUGGCCUCUACAUGAAACUCCACGGGGUCCCUCGACCACUUGCCAUGAAAAAAGAGGGGAUCCAAACCCGCAAACGCAAACCUAAGAACCUGAACAAGAGCCAAACGGGCUGUGAGGGGACUCCAGUGACACCAAGCAGCACUCCCCGGGGUUCGACGUCCUCUUCCUCCUCGUCGGUCGCCUCCUCCAUGUCUGAGGAGGUCCGGCAGAUAAAGAUAGAACCAGAGACUCCCAGCUUGUACACACACCACAGUGCACACACGCAGAUUUCUGCUCUGCCAGCCUACAUGACAGCUCAAGGCGGGACCCUCGCUCUUAAAAUGCCCUCCGCGGGCCACGGCAGCUCUUCAGGCUCAAAAGCAGACGCAUGGAACAACCUCAUUCUGGCUUAG